AUGCCUCGCUUCCAAGGAAAAGUCGCUAUUAUUACAGGUUCAUCCUCUGGUAUCGGAGCAGCUACUGCUGUCCUAUUCGCUAAAGAAGGUGCGAAAGUAACAAUUACUGGAAGGAAUCAGGAUGGACUCAUGACAACCAAAAAGGCUAUGCUCAACGCAGGUGCGAAUGAGGGAAACCUAAACACGGUCAUUGCGGAUGUGACCGAUCCUCAGGGUAGAAAACAAAUUAUUUCGAGCACUAUCGCGAAGUUUGGACAGCUGGAUAUCUUGGUCAACAAUGCUGGAGCUGCAUUUCUUGGCGAGGAUGGUACAUCAGGAAUAUCUGCAAGCACAUCUUUGCUAGAAAAAGUCAUGAAAUUGAACCGUAGUGGAUAUGAUUCAAUUAGCACGGCCCUACCUAGCAAAGACAAAAGGCGAAGUUAUCAACAUCUCCAGCAUUUGCGGCCAGCCAACAUCUGUGGGUUUGCAUUUAUCCCGCAAUUGCGGACAAAGCGCAGUAAUGAAUUACAGUAUGCACCAGUCGCAUAUUACGCCAUGUCGAAAGCAGCUUUGGAUCAGAUGAUGAGAUCAGCAGCAAUUGAUCUUAUCAAAGAAGGAAUUCGAGUGAAUGGCGUGAGCCCUGGCGUUGUUGUCACACAGUUUGCAGAGAACAUGCUAUCUAAUAAAGAGAUCGCGAAACAG